CAGUCGUUAAGUUUUUGUUUUCGUUGUUGAUUUGUUUAUACUCGCGUAGACUCGCCUCAUUCGUUUACGUUUGGCACAUAAAACCCAGUUAAACAUGGAAGCACUGGGCGAUCUUUUGGCUCCCCACAGCGAGCACAUUGCCAAGGUAGCCGGCACAAUUACUACCCUGCAAUUUCUAUCCGGUAUAGCGGUGCUUAACGACAUCCGUAAGAAGGGCAGCAGUGAUGUUUAUCCAGUCGGACCGUUUUUAGGCGGCGUGGUACUAACAGUGCUUAGUUUGAAGCUGGCUACUAUCAUGAAUGAUGCUGCCAUGAUAAACACUAAUUUAAUUGGAUUGGUUAUUAACUUUGUGUUUUUUGGCGGAUUCUACUACUAUGCCUCCAGUGGUAAUAGGGGAAUAAUACGGAAACAGUUUGGAUACGCUUCCUUAUUUCUGUUGGUCUGCACUGCAUAUGCAAACUUCGAGGAUCCUAAGAAGAUUGAGUUCCGUCUAGGAAUGCUAAUCACUGGAAUCUUCGUCUGGCUGGUAGGCUCACCACUGCUACAUCUUCCUAAAAUAAUUGAAAAGAAGAGCACUGAGGGCAUGCCCUUUCCUAUUAUAUUGUCUGGUAACCUGGUGGCCACCUCCUGGAUGCUAUACGCUAUAUCCAUAAAGAAUACUGUGAUGGUGCUUCAAAAUUUGUUGCUUCUGGUCUUGGGUGGAAUUCAGCUGUCUAUGUUUGCCAUUUACCCGAAUAAGCCAACUGCCAAGAAGCUGGCCGCAAAGAAUGAAAGUAAGAAGGAGAAUUAAUUGUGUGAGUGGACUAAGAUGGAAAAAUGCAAAACCGAUUACCAAUUAAUAUGUAGCUAGGACCAAGAAAUAUUCGCAUUGCAUAUUUCUUGAAUUUACACUAAUUCAGCAUCACAAAAUCA